CACAUCAUGCUGGGCCUCACCGUUCUCGCCGCGUUCCUGGCCUGCGCCUCCAGUUGCGGGGUCCCCACCUUCGCACCCAACCUAUCAUCCCGGGUGGUGGGAGGAGACAGUGCCAGGCCCCACAGCUGGCCCUGGCAGAUCUCCCUCCAGUACCUCAAGGAUGACACGUGGAGGCACACUUGCGGUGGCACCUUGAUCGCCAGCAACUUCGUCCUCACGGCUGCCCACUGCAUCAGCAAUGCCCGGACCUACCGAGUGGGCCUGGGGAAGAACAACCUGGUAGUGGACGAUGAGGAAGGCUCCGUGUUCGUGGGCGUGGACACCAUCUAUGUCCACGAGAAGUGGAACUCCUUCCUGGUGCGCAAUGACAUCGCCCUCAUCAAGCUGGCCAAGUCUGUGGAGUUGAGUGACACCAUCCAGGUGGCAUGCCUGCCCGCAGAAGGAUCCUUGCUGUCUCAGGACUACCCCUGCUACGUCACCGGCUGGGGCCGCCUCUGGACCAACGGUCCCAUUGCUGACGAGCUGCAACAGGGUCUGCAGCCCAUCGUGGAUCAUGCCACCUGCACCCAGAAAGACUGGUGGGGAGCCAUGGUGAAGGACACCAUGGUGUGUGCCGGGGGUGAUGGCGUCAUCUCAGCCUGCAACGGGGACUCCGGUGGCCCGCUGAACUGCCAGGCUGAGAACGGCUCCUGGGAGGUGAGGGGCAUCGUCAGCUUCGGCUCUGGACUCGGCUGCAACACCCGCAAGAAGCCCGCAGUCUACACUCGCGUGUCUGCCUACAUCGACUGGAUCAACGAGAAAAUGCAGCUGUGAGUCAUCCUUGGGACCCGAGGCCGCAAACCCCCACUACCACAAUAAAC